CAUUCCAGCCGUCUCUUUCCCUUCUUCUCCCCCAAGUCUUUAAAGCACAGAGAACCAAGCCAAAACCAGCGGACAAACACAAGGCCGACCGAGCUGUCGACAGCCUCAGUGGAACCCCCCUCUUUCUCUCUCUCUCUCUCUCUCUCUCGCCGGAGAAAUCCAAGGGGACCAAACAUAGCGGGGCUCUCGUCCGCGUCGCGGCAAUGGUGAAGCGGAGGUUUCUUGCCGCGUGCUUGCUGCUGCUCGCGACGGCGGCGGCGGCGCUGGCCGAGGGAGAGGGCGAGGAGGGGAAGCGGGGCGUCCGCGUGCUGGACGCGGGGAGGCUGGAGAAGUUCGUGGACGAGCUGCCGGACAUGCCGGUGCUGCGCGGGUACGGCGUGGCGGAGGGCGGGAACCUCGUCGCCGGCGAGCUCACCGUCGGCAUGCACGACACCAUGUGGAAAUUCCACCGUGACCUUCCGGCGACGAGGGUGUUCGCCUACGGCGCCAGCAAGGAGACGGCCACCGUGCCUGGCCCGACCAUCGUGGCCAUGAAGGGGGUGCCGACGCGCGUCACCUGGACCAACCACCUCCCGCCGCGCCACAUCCUCCCGUGGGACCGAUCGCUGGCCACCGCGCGGCUCGGCAACGGCACCGGCGUCCCCACCGUCGCCCACCUCCACGGCGGCGUGCAGCAGUCCACCUCCGACGGCCACUCCAUGGCAUGGUUCACCUCCGGCUUCGCCGCCACGGGGCCUCACUUCUCCUCGCCGGCGUACGAGUACCCGAACCAGCAGCUCCCCGGUAACCUCUGGUACCACGACCACGCCAUGGGCCUCACCCGCGUCAACAUCCUCGCCGGCCUCCUCGGCGCGUACCGCGUCGUCGACCCGGCCACGGAGGCGCCCCUCGGCCUCCCCUCCGGCGCGGAGUUCGACCGGGACCUCGUGCUCUUCGACCGCGACUUCAUGCGCGACGGCGCGCUCUUCAUGAACGCCACGGGCAACAACCCCGACGUGCACCCGCAGUGGCAGCCCGAGUACUUCGGCGCUGUCGUCGUCGCCAACGGCAAGGCCUGGCCGUUCCUCCGCGUGCGGCGCCGCCGCUACCGCUUCCGCAUCCUCAACGCCAGCAACGCGCGCUUCUUCCGCCUCUCGCUCUCCGGCGGCCUGCGGUUUGUGCACGUCGGCUCCGACUCCGUGUACCUCGCCCGGCCGGUGCCCACGGAGGGGUUCCUGCUCGCGCCGUCGGAGAUGGCGGACGUCAUCGUCGACUUCGCCGGGGCCAAGCACGACGCGGUGACCCUGCGGUCCGACGCGCCGGCGCCGUACCCCGGUGACCCUGGUGAGAAGGCGGACACGGUGGCGGUGAUGAAGUUUGUGGUCGCGAGUAAACCGGAGCACGACCCGUCGACCGUGCCGGCGACGCUGAUGCCGCGGUACCCAAAGCCGGACGCGCGGGAGGCGGUGGUGACCAGGCACAUCGCCAUGUACGAGUACACCAAGAACGGCACCGACGAGCCGACGCACCUGUACCUGAACGGAGCGGCGUACACGGACCCGGUGACGGAGACGCCGCGGGAGGGCACGUCGGAGCUGUGGGAGGUGAUCAACCUCACCGACGACAACCACCCGCUGCACGUGCACCUGGCGGUAUUCACCGUGCUGAAGCAGAGGUCGCUCAGGCGCGUCGACGAGUUCAGGGACUGCAUGAGGGGGAGCGCGAGCGGCGGUGCCGGCGGCCGGAACGACGCCGUCGCGUGCGGGAUGCAGCGCCACCUCGCCGGAGGGAGGAGGCACGUCGUGCCGCGGCAGGAGCGUGGAUGGAAGAACGUGUUCAAGGUGCGGCCCAGCACGGUGGCGACGCUGCUCGUGCGGUUCAAGCCGCUGGAGGAGUCAUCGGCGACGGCGUCCGGGAAGAGCGGCGGCUUCCCCUUCGACGUCACCGCCGGGCCUGGCUACGUCUACCAUUGCCAUAUUUUGGAUCAUGAAGACAACGAGAUGAUGAGGCCGAUGAAGAUUGUGCGUUAGCUCAAACCAAGGGUUUGAAAUAUAGUCUUAGGAUCUCGCAAAGAAAAGAAAAAGAUGGAUUGGGAAUAAUUGAGAAAUAAUAUACUUUGGCAUUGCCAUUUGAGAGGUUGACAGUGGGUUAACCUCGUGAGGGAUUGGCAGUGUACAAUGUUAACUGGAUUGUGAAAAAGAAUGAGAAUAGAGACGAGACUUUCCCUGUUUUAUUCUUAUAGGGGAUGAAAAAACUUGAAUCCGGAUCAACGACAAUAACCUUUGUGCUGUCCAUCGCUCUAUUGAGAAGAGCUUCUCAAUGUUAAUUGGAUUGUUAGGCUCAAGAAAGGGGGCAUGAUGUGUACUACAUUUCCCCGUCGAUAAUUUUAGCGUGUGUACUAUAAUUCCCAUCGAUAAUUUUAGCGUGUUUUCAAGAAACCUACUAUUUACAUGA